UUAUUAAAACCGAUCCACCCUUGUUACCCACCGACAGCCCUCAACACUCUCACCGCCACAAACUCAACACUCCAUUUCCCAACGGCCUCCCUCCAAAUAUCCCCCACCAAAAUUACACUCUAAUUCGUAUCAACAUUCAAAUUCACUACAUAUAUUUUUCCGGGCCUUUAGAAAAAACCCAAUUUAUAUUUUCACAAAUUCAAAUUUUUUUUUUUUUUGGGGAUUUGAUGAUUUUGCGAGACAUGCAAGCCAAGUCGCUGCAAUGGGCGGCGUCUCCUGGGCUCCGGGUCGGGCUCGAAACGCCGCCGUCGUCCUCGUCCUGGUCGCAGCUGGCGGUCGUGAACUUGCACGGUGGCGCUUCUGUAAAUAGCUUGAAAGCCAGAGGUUUGUUUGUAGUAAAGGCCAUGGAGGUGGAGGGUUCCAAAACGGCGAGUCUGAAUGGGCACGCCGGGAGCUCAGAUAAAAAUGGGAACUUGUUGUCUUUGGUUGGAAAUUCAACCAAUAUUAAGUGGCAUGAGUGCUCGUUGAACAAAACUGACAGGCAGAAGUUGCUUAAACAAAAGGGCUGUGUCAUUUGGAUCACCGGUCUCAGCGGUUCAGGGAAGAGCACGGUGGCAUGUGCUUUGGGUGGGAGUUUGUACCGCAGGGGGAAGUUGUCUUACGUUCUUGAUGGGGACAAUGUCAGGCAUGGCUUGAAUCGCGACCUUAGUUUUAAAGCAGAAGAUCGUGCAGAGAACAUUCGGAGGAUUGGUGAGGUGGCGAAAUUGUUUUCUGAUGCUGGAGUUAUUUGUAUUGCUAGCUUGAUUUCUCCUUAUAGAAAGGAUCGUGAUGCCUGCCGUGCAAUGCUACCUGCUGGAGAUUUUAUUGAGGUGUUCAUGGAUGUUCCACUCCAAGUUUGUGAAGCUAGAGACCCGAAGGGCCUAUAUAAGCUUGCCCGUGCAGGGAAGAUCAAAGGUUUUACCGGGAUUGAUGAUCCAUAUGAGCCACCACUAAAUUGUGAGAUAGUAUUAACACAUAAAGGAGGAGCGUGUCCUUCCCCAUGUGAGAUGGCUGAAGAAGUAGUUUCUUACUUGGAAGAUCAGGGGUUCCUCCAAGCAUAAGAAGUUGGUGGAACCUUUCCUUGAACUGUCAUAACUUUGAGCUCUACUGCAAAUACGGUGAAGAUAGUUUCUAGCGCUCCAUGUGGAUGCUAUGCAUCUUGCAUUACCAGAUAAGAUGCAGAAAUCACCUGCUCUGAUAUGAAGCUGCCCUUUUGCCUCGUCUAACAGGAAAACUGAUGCAAUAUUCCUGUAAACGCAUUAGUUAAUUGCUUGAUUAAUUUGUGCCAAAUCUUUUUUAUGUUUGAUGUUAGUAUGAAUUGUGGUCUCCUCGUUGUAAAUGAUAGAGUGGAGAGUUUCUUGGUCAUAUUAUGCCCCAGUUUGGGGUUGAGGUGAUUUUAAAAAAAGCUCUUAUGAAAAAAA